GUCACUUUUCAGUCACAUUUCUACGGCAGCUAGUGUGUGUACACACUAUCGGGAGCGCGCACGGAAUGCCUCUCGUUACAAGUGCUUCCCGCCUUGUGUGCGCGCGCGCACGCACAUCGUGGUGUCUACGUCAGUCAAUUCCUGGAGCGGUUUGAGAGCUCUGCGUGACCCUCAAGGCAGCAUGGCCCCCAAGGACAUCAUGACCAAUUCCCACGCCAAAUCAAUCCUUAAUGCCAUGAAUUCCCUCCGCAAGAGCAACACACUCUGUGAUAUAACUCUAAGGGUAGAAAAUACGGAUUUUCCAGCUCACCGGAUUGUCUUAGCGGCCUGCAGCGACUAUUUUUGUGCCAUGUUCACCAGUGAGAUCACGUUCCCUGUUAGUGGGCCAACUAGCCAAUGUUUGGUGAAUUGUGCUUCACAAUGAUAGUAAGACAUCAAAGGACACAACGUCGCUAUGAACGCUUCCUGCUUGGCCGCCACUAAACCAGAGGUGGGCAAACUUCAGCCCGCGGGCCACAGACCAGAGGUGGGCAAACUACGGCCUCUGGGCCACAUCGGGCUCGUGGAUCAUUUCAAUCCAGCCCACCAAAGAUUGGUACAGGAUCGCCCAAAUCAUAUCAAAAUCAUGACUACAUUCAUUUGACCUUGUCCUGUAAUGCAGACUGGUUCCACCAGGUUGUGCUGUAAUGCCCAGGGCUUCCACCAGGUUGUCCUGUAAUGCCCAGUGGUUCCACCAGGUAGCACAGUAGGUACAGUGAUACAUUGACUUUGGCUGUUCUGUUUUUACUCUGCUACUGCUCUGAACCCUUCUUCAACCAUGAGUGGGCCAAAGAAAAGAAAAGAAAAGUCGACAGUGAGUGCCAAGUGUUUAAUAUAGAAUGGACCACGAAAUACUUUUUCACUGAAGUCAGGUCAAAUGCUGUAUGUCUAAUUUGUUAAGAAACCAUUGCGGUUUUAGAGGAAUAUAACAUCAGCCGUCACUUUUCUACCAAGCAUGCUGAUUAUGCUAACAGCCAAUCGACGCAGGAACUGAUGGCUACGGCUCAGCCGUUUAAAAAAUCAAGCUUGCACCUUCAUCUGACUAACUGCCAUCCAAAUUCAGUCACACAAGACCCUGAAAAAGCGCCACAGGAGCUGCAGAUGGAACUCCAAUGUGAUAUUGUCUUAAAAGAGAAGUUUUAGUUUUCAGCCGAGGAGCAUUUACUGAGUUUUAUGCUUCAUCAAGCGCAGACAAAUUUCCCCAAAUCCGGAAGAUGGCACAGAGGAUGCUCUACGUAUGGUGUUUGGCUCUACUUUUAGUGUGAUGAACACCAACAAAACAUCCUCAAGAUCCCAGCUGAGUGAUGGAACACCUCAGAUGAGUUCUGAGAAUUGCCACAACAAAACUGACACCAGCCUUUGAUGCACUGGCAAAAAAGGGGAUCAACAAAACAACACUGUUCCCAUUAAAACUUGCAGAAAAGGGAAAAUCCUUUGUGGACAUCCAGGGUCUGACUGCAUCAACUAUGGAGAUCUUGUUGGACUUUGUCUACACAGAGACGGUGCUAGUUACAGUGGAGAAUGUGCAAGAACUGCUCCCUGCAGCAUGCUUGCUUCAGCUGAAAGGAGUGAAACGAGCCUGUUGUGAUUUUUUGGAGAGCCAACUCGAUCCAUCGAACUGUCUGGGCAUCCGUGACUUUGCCGAAACGCACAAUUGCCUCGACUUGAUGCAAGCUGCCGAGCUCUUUUCCCAAAAGCAUUUCUCCGAGGUGGUUCAGCAUGAGGAGUUCAUGCUGCUGAGCCAGACAGAAGUGGAAAAGCUGAUCAAAUGUGAUGAAAUCCAGGUGGACUCAGAAGAGCCUGUAUUCGAAGCUGUGCUGAACUGGGUCAAACACAACCGAAAAGAGAGAGAGCCCUGUUUGCCAGACAUGUUGGCGUUUGUCCGAAUGCCGUUGCUGACCCCCCGCUACAUCACAGACGUCAUUGAUGCCGAGCCCCUGAUACGUUGCAGUCUGCCCUGUCGCGACCUUGUCGAUGAAGCUAAGAAGUUCCACCUGAGACCAGAGCUGAGGAGCGAGAUGCAAGGCCCACGCACACAAGCGAGAUUAGGUGCCAAAGAAGUCCUUUUGGUGAUUGGCGGCUUUGGCAGCCAGCAAUCACCAAUCGACAUAGUGGAGAAAUAUGAUCCGAAAACUCAGGAGUGGACCUUCCUCCCGAACAUUGCGAGGAAACGACGUUACGUUGCCACAGUGUCUCUCCACGAUCGUGUCUAUGUGAUUGGAGGUUAUGACGGACGGUCAAGGCUCAGCUCAGUGGAGUGUCUGGACUACACGGCGGACGAGGAUGGGGUUUGGUACACCGUCGCCACUAUGAAUGUGCGCCGUGGCCUUGCUGGAGCCACAACGCUUGGAGACAUGAUCUAUGUUGCCGGCGGCUUUGAUGGGAGCCGGCGCCACACCAGCAUGGAGCGAUAUGACCCAAACAUUGACCAAUGGAGCAUGCUGGGAGAUAUGCAGACAGCCCGAGAAGGUGCUGGUCUGGUGGUGGCCAGUGGACUGAUAUACUGUCUUGGAGGCUAUGAUGGACUCAACAUACUGAAUUCUGUGGAGCGGUAUGACCCCCACACAGGCCACUGGACGAGUGUGACCCCUAUGGCCACGAAGCGCUCAGGGGCAGGCGUGGCUUUACUCAAUGACCACAUUUACGUGGUCGGAGGUUUUGAUGGGGUUUCACACCUGGACUCUGUUGAGCUUUAUAACAUCAGAACAGACUUUUGGACCACUGUGGCCAGCAUGACCACGCCUCGAUGCUACGUAGGAGCAACUGUCCUCAGAGGACGACUGUAUGCCAUCGCCGGAUAUGACGGGAACUCUCUUCUCAGCAGUAUUGAAUGUUACGAUCCAGUGAUGGACUCCUGGGAGGUGGUUACCUCCAUGGUGACGCAGCGAUGCGACGCAGGAGUCUGCGUUCUACGAGAAAAGUGAUCUUUUCUUGAGAGCUGCGUGAACCGCAAGCGGGCGAGCGGCAUCGAUGCAAAGCAGGCAGCUAGACUUGGAUACAAUGCCACUAGAACAGACUUUGUUUGUUUGUUUUAGUUGUUCGGCAGCCUAACCAAGGGAACUUCCAAGAAGAAAGCUCUCGUUCGCUGGACGUUAAAUCCUUCGCCAUUUCACAGGUAGAACUCGGCCGAGAUGAACCUCCGAGUAUCCCGCCGCCGUCUGCAUGGCUCUCCUUAGUGGCGCUUGUUACUGUUGUUAAUCUGUGAGAUUAUUUUGAUCUUCAAAGUGCAAUAUAUUUGUACACAUCAUCAGAAAAGAGAUGCCGCUAAACGCCUUAUGACUUCGUCUUGCAUCGCAUUGUGAACAUUCAUGUUGCCUCUCAGUUUAAUGGGCCAUUUGCCAGCCUACGAGCGCACCGCUUUGUAAUUCUCUUUGUAAGGAUUGCUUGUAGACUCGGAUCCCCGAAAUAAAACGACUUCAUACAAAUUUAGGAUAGUUUUACAAGAUCGCUCAAUCUGUUCCAUUGAAGUUGUCGUUUUUGGGUUUUUGACGUCCCUUUCAGGCACGCCAUUUGUUUCCCUCGCAAGCAUUUCAAUUUGAAUGUUACUUCAACACUGUUGCUCAUAAAGUCAGCCGAUUUGUCUUUUC